GCAAGGAGAAGCCCUGAGAAGAGCCGGGGUCCAUAUGUUGCCUCCACCUCCUCUCUGGCAGGUGCUGGGACGGGCUGCAGCGCUGUGUGGAUGGAGGCCGUGCCCCUCUUCUGAAUCCUCGCUGCUGAUGCUUGUCCUUCUGGGCUAAGAUGUGCGAUAUUGCAGAGCCUUUCGCGUCCUUCCAGGCUGAUGAAGCCAUAGAAGGCGAGGAGGGGUUGCUGUAUCUGACAAGGCGCCACAAGGGGCUGGUAGUGAACGCAUGUGCCCAUGCCAUCUUCUUCUGCAGGCUUCUCCAGGCCCUCAGGUAAGGCAAAACCAAGCGGAACUGAAGAGGCCUUGCCGACUUCCCUGGUGGGCAGCCACGGCCUGAAGGUCGGCAUUAUCGGCGGGGGCCACCUUGGGAAGCAGCUGGCCCGAAUGCUGCUGGCGCUGGGCUGGGCUCCGCGCCCCUCUAUCCGCAUUUCCACCCGCCGCCCUGAGAGCCUGGCAGACCUGCAGGAGCAGGGGCUCGCCUGCUUCUACGACAACGCGCAGCUGGCGGCCUGGGCGGACGUCCUGUUCCUCUGCUGCCUGCCGUCACACGUGGCGUCCGUCUGCUCCGUCGUGCGGACGGCCAUCCGGAAACCCUGCGUGGUGUACAGCCUCGUCACCGCGGUCCCUCUGCCCAGGUUGAAGCAACUCCUUUGCUACAAUGCCAUCGUGAGGCCACAGUACCAAUGCUCUGGCAGGGAGCCUACGGAGGAGUGGGGAACGAAGGGGACAGUCACAGCAGCGCUGCAAAACCUUGCUGUUGUGCAGGCAACGUGCCCCCUCAGCUCCCAGGGGAAAAUUAGAGUCAAUGGCAAGUGGCUGGUGGGCAUUUUCUAUGCAGCCCUGAACAGCAGCAUGUGGCGGAGCCUGCCUCACCAGAAGGCACUGAAAUUGCUCAAUGACCUCUGUUUUCCUGCACACUGCCCCAUCUGUGCUGAGCAGAAAGCUUCCUGCCCACGGUUUGAGUGCGAGAGUUUUGUCAGCAAAAAAUUUGUCUCUUCAAUGACGCAAGAGGAAACCUUCCCCUGGUUUGACCUGACAGCUGCACAGCUGAGAGAGUCUCCCUUUAGCCAGCUGCUAGAAAAGAGUGAGUUUCUUCAGAAGCAUCUUGCUCUGCUAUACCAGGCAUCUUUUGGAGACUGGCCUACAAAGCAAUGUGGGCUGAUCAGCAGCAAGACAUCUCUUACGUCAGCUGUGGUGGAGCCUGGCGUGGUGUUGGAUCACAAAACCUCACUGUCCACAACCGCUUCCAACAUUUUCUCGGAAAUCCCAGAGGAAACUACUGACUACGAUUCUAAGUCCUCAUAAGCUAUAAUGAAGCCCAUGGCAGAAUGCUUUGCUGAGAUCUCACCCCAAAGGGAUAAAAGCCCAGAUAUUGAUAACCCUCUUCCAUCAUUUCCCCUUCCUGGACUCAUGCAGGUUUAUGUGGUAGAGGAACAGACUGUAAGGACUUUGUAUUGCUGGGAAAAUAAUGCCAAAAUGCUAAUAAACCUUUAUUUAUCCAUUGCUCAGCUGUAAUACAAACAAUUGAUGGAGAUUUUCUCUCAUAAAAGAUUAUACACUAGAAUUACAUUCUUUUAAUUCUUCUUCCUCUGUUCUGAAACAGCAUUUU